AUGUCAUGGUUAAAAAAACACAAUCCCCAAAUUUUGUGGGAAAAACAUACACUUGUUUUUAAUUCCUUGUAUUGUUCCAACAACUGUUUAGCCACACCUGCUGUUUCAGAACUCAAAGCAGUGGAAGAAAUUCCUGCCCCUUAUCAAGAAUUUGCUGGAGUAUUUUCAGAGGAGGAAUCGUCAAAAUUACCACCCCACUGUCCUUACAACAUUGCCAUUGAGUUACUUCCGGAUGCGCAACCACAACAUGGCCCCAUAUACAGUUUAGGUCCAAGGGAAGAUGCGGAACUUAAAGAAACCAUUGAGAAACAGCUCAAAGCUGGUCUAAUCCGCCCGUCUAGAUCCCCUAUGGCCUCUCCCAUAUUAUUUGUCAAAAAGAAAAAUGGGAAACUACGCAUGUGUGUGGAUUACCAGCGUCUGAACAGUAUGACCAAGAAAAACGUCUAUCCCCUGCCCUUGCCACAGAAUCUCAUUGAGAAAUUACAAGGUGCCAAGAUCUUUAGCAAAUUUGAUCUUAAGGCAGGGUACAACCUAGUCCAAAUCAAAGAAGGCAAUGAAUGGAAAACCGCUUUCAAAACAAAAUACGGACUAUUUGAAUAUUUGGUCAUGCCCUUUGGACUAACAAGUGCACCGGCAGCCUUCCAAGACAUGAUGAACAAGAUAUUCAGGGACCUUCUGGAUGUCUACGUUAUCAUAUAUUUGGACAAUAUUCUAGUAUUCUCUCUUAACAAAAAAGACCAUGAAGCCCAUGUGCAAGAAGUGCUUAAAAGGCUGCAGGAUAACAACCUUUUUUGUAAUAUUGAGAAAUGUCAUUUCCACGUCAAAAGGAUCAACUACCUAGGAUUCAUUAUAUUGGAAUUUGGCAUAGAAGUAGAUCAAUCCAAGGUCACGGAUGCAAUGAAUUGGUCAACACCUAAGAAUGUCAAGAAUAUUCAGGAAUUCUUAGGGUUUGUAAAUUUCUAUAGACAAUUUAUUCCAAACUUUGGUAAUAUGGCACGACCUCUUUACAACCUGCUCAAAAAAGAUAGUAUUUGGAAAUGGGAACAGGCGGAACAACAAUCCUUUGAUGGCCUGAAGAAGUGUCUUACAUCAGCACCUCUACUUUUACAGCCCAACACUACAAAACAAUUCUACGUAGAAUGCGAUGCAUCCAAUUACGCAACAGGAGCCAUAUUAUCACAGCGUAACCCUGAAGGAAAACUGGCCCCUGUAGCAUAUCUAUCAAAAUCCCUGUCACCGGCUGAAAAGAACUACAAUAUUUUUGACAAAGAGCUGUUAGCAGUCAUUAGGGCAUUCAAGGAAUGGCGUCAUCUAUUAGAGGGGUUGGAAUUACCAGUCCAGGUUCUCACGGAUCAUAAGAACCUGGAACACUUCUCCACAUCACAAUCCUUGAAUAAACGACAAAUUCAAUGGGCCAACUUCCUGGUUGAUUAUAACUUCCAAAUUAUCUACAGACCUGGAGCGCAAAACAAAAAAGCGGAUAUUCUCUCAAGACAAUAUGAUUUAGUACCCCUUGAAGGGGGGGUAGAGAACCAAGUUCUCCUGAAACCAGAACUUUUCAUUGCGUCAAUCACUCCGGAUCAGGAAAUUAAUGACCUGAUUGGUGAAGCAAUCUACAAGGAUGAACGCCUUAAGGAAAUCUUGUACAAACUUCAGAACAAGGAUAAAGUAGUUGACUGGGAGUUAAAAGAAGGAUUACUAUGGUAUCAAGGAAAAAUCUUUGUACCCAGAGAUGAUACUAUUAGGAACCUCAUCUUGGAGUCUAGACAUGACGCAUUGGCUGCAGGACACCCAGGACAAACCAGGACACUAGAACUUAUUUCCAGGAGUUAUUACUGGCCAUUGCUGAAAAAGUUUGUCAAUUCUUAUGUCAGCCACUGCAAAACCUGUAUCAGGUCCAAGCCAACAAAUCAAGUACCUGUAGGACUGCUAAAGCCAUUACAAAUUCCUGAACGUCCUUGGGAAGAUAUAGCCUAUGACAUGAUUGUGGGACUACCAAUUUCAGAAGGCUUCAACGCCAUCCUUACUGUCAUUGACCGUUUCUCAAAAAUGGUCCACUUUAUUCCUACCCAAUCCACAGCAUCAGCUAUUGACAUUGCCAACUUAUUUAUUACAUACAUCUGGAAGUUACAUGGCCUUCCCAAGAGUACAGUUUCAGAUAGAGGCCCUACAUUUAAUGCCAAGUUUAUUUGUCACCUAUAUAAAAGGCUAGACAUCAAGCCUACAUAUUCUACAGCCUACCAUCCUCAAACAGAUGGUCAAACGGAACGGAUACAACAAGAGGCCAAGAUCUUUAUACGUAUGUUUGGGAAUCAUCGUCAAUCAGACUGGGUGUCACUAUUGCCAUUGGCCAAAUUUGCCUUGAACAAUUUGAAACAGACUUCCACAGGCAAAUCCCCUUUCCAAAUAUGUUACGGCUAUAAUCCAAGAUUUACAGUUGGUCAAAAGUCAGAUGAAUCAGUCCCUAACGCAGAAGAACAUGCGGAAUUCCUAGAAAAGGGCUAUGAUGAAGUCAAGGCAGCGUUAUCAAUAUCCCAAGAAAGGAUGAAACACUUCUAUGAUCAACGUCACAGGGAAGAAGAAGAAAUUCAAGUAGGAAACAAAGUGUGGCUAAAUCAUCAAAAUAUAUCCACCAAUAGACCAUCUAUCAAGCUUAGCCACAAAAAGCUAGGCCCCUACUUGGUAAUUGAAAAAAUUGGAUCACAUGCGUAUAAAUUGCAACUACCCCAUACCAUGCGCAUACAUCCAGUAUUUCACAUUAAUCUUCUGACAAAAUUCCAUCCUGACCCUCAUGGACGCGAUCCUCCUCAACCUGCACCUAUCAUUACAGAAGAAGGUGAAGAGGAAUACAAAGUAGAGAAGAUCCUAGAUAGCAAGUGGAAAGGAAGAGGAAAGACAAAGAAGUUAUGGUAUCUGGUCAAAUGGAAAGGUUAUGAUGAAGGAAGUAACUUGUGGGAGCCAAUAGACAAUGUGGGAAAUGCUCAAGAAGUCCUAGAGGAAUUUCACAAGGAACACCCUGACGCAGUUGGAGCUUAA